UUGGUGUUCCAGGUGACGUGUGUCGAGGUGGUCGAGGCGUACGUGGAGAGGAUCAGGGAGGUCAAUCCCCUCAUCAACGCCGUGGUUAAGGACAGGUUUGAGGAGGCCCUGCAGGAAGCCCGGCAGGUAGAUAAGCUGCUUUCGGAGAGCCCUGGCAAUGACUACCUGGAGGAGAAGUUCCCCUUGUUAGGGGUUCCCAUCACCGUCAAGGAGGCCUUUUCUGUGCACGGGAUGCCCAACACGUCUGGCUUGGUCAACCGCCGCAAUGUGAUUGCCACCUCGGAUGCCACGGUGGUGUCCCGGCUGAAGCAGGCCGGUGCCAUCCCACUGGGUGUGACCAACUGCAGCGAGCUGUGCAUGUGGUACGAGUCCAGCAACAGGGUCUAUGGCAGGACCAACAACCCCUAUGAUCUGCAGAGGAUCGUGGGCGGCAGCUCAGGUGGGGAGGGUGGUGUCCUGGCAGCUGCCUGCUCAGUCAUAGGCGUGGGCUCCGACAUCGGUGGCAGCAUCCGGAUGCCUGCUUUCUUUAACGGAGUCUUCGGCCAUAAACCCACAACAGGGGUGGUGCCCAACGAUGGCCAGUUCCCGAAUGCUCAAGGGGUGCGGACCAGCUUCCUGUGCACGGGGCCCAUGUGCCGCUACGCAGAGGACCUGGAGCCUAUGCUGAGGGUCAUGGCCGGUCCUGGAGUCAACAAGCUGAAGCUGAAUGAAAAGGUGUCGCUGGAGAAAAUAAAAUUUCACUGCAUGGAUCAUGACGGCGGGUCCAUUUUUGUGUCGCCUGUGGACAAGGAGAUCUUGCAGGCCCAAAAGAAGGUGGUGGAACACCUCGAAGGCAAGCUGGGGGUCCAAGUUCGGCGUGUGGCAAUCCACAAGAUGAAGUAUUCUUUCCAGAUCUGGUCAGCCAUGAUGUCGUCCAAGGACAGCGAUGGGCAGGAGGCACAGCUAUUCACGGACCUGCUGGGGGAUCAUGGGAAGCCGGUGUGGCCGCUGUGGGAGCUGAUGAAGUGGCUCAUAGGGAUGUCUUCCCACACUCUCCCAGCUAUCGCUCUGGGGCUGACGGAGAAGCUGAUGAAACUCAACCCUGGUGGGAAUGCCAAGCUAGUGAGCAUGGGGAAGAGCCUGCAGGAGGAGAUGGAGGCCCUGCUGGGGCCGGAUGGGGUGCUCCUCUACCCCUCCCACCCCACCAUAGCUCCCAGGCACCACUCCCCCAUAUGCAUGCCCUUCAACUUUGCCUACACAGCUAUCUUCAACGUCCUGGGCUUGCCAGUGACGCAGUGCCCGCUGGGCCUGAGCAGCGAGGGCCUGCCGCUGGGCAUCCAGCUAGUGGCAGCCUCCUACAACGACCACCUGACGCUGGCGGUGGCCCGGUAUCUGGAGCAGGCCUUUGGAGGGUGGAUUUUACCUGGGAAAGUUUAGCCUGGGCUCCUGGCAC